CCAAAUCUGGGCCGUCCAUUAACAUGGCUAGGGUUAAGGCCAUAUAUUAUCAAACUCUCAGCUCCCCUGCGCCACACUCGCCGCUCUAGUUUCUCCAACACCUCUUCUCAUCCCUCGUCGUCGCAGCCUCGCAGCAAAAUCAAAAGCAUCCUAUCCAGUCAAGAUGAUGAACGAUGAAGGUCAAAACAUGGAUCUCUACAUCCCUAGGAAGUGUUCUGCUACGAAUCGGUUGAUUACGUCAAAGGACCACGCAUCUGUUCAGAUCAAUGUUGGUCAUUUGGAUGAUAGGGGCAUUUACACCGGUGGUUUCACCACUUUUGCUCUCUGUGGUUUCGUCCGUGCUCAGGGAGAUGCUGAUAGUGCAGUUGAUCGCCUAUGGCAGAAGAAGAAAGCUGAACUUAAGCAAUAGAGAGAGGGCCUAUGGCAGAAGAAAAAAGCUGAACUUGAGCAAUAGAGGGAGGGAUUGUUAUCUUUUGUAUUGGUUAGGCUUGUUUUCUGUUUGAAACAGUAAGAGUUUGCUAUGCAAAGUCUUCAGACUCUUCCCGUCCCUUCAUUUAGUAGUUUCUGAACUUGCUCUUUUUGAACUUAUUUGCCAUAUAAUUAUAUUCUGAAGUGUUCUUGUUCUA